AUGUUCACACCCCCAGAUUCAGACGACACCCGCAACAUGCCCCCGCUGGUCGACACCAACCAGCCUUUCUACCCCCCGCCUAACGGAGCGACUAACGGCGGCGAUCCAGGGUUCUUCGAUGCGUUCCCGGGAGCCAGCGGCGGAGGAGGAGGGAACCCACACUCGUCACCCUGGGCACCUCCUGGACACACACCCUACCCCGCGCACCCCGUACACCUCAGUCCGUGGUCUCCCCAGCCCGCAUCUCUCUAUCCAACACCUCCGCACAGCGCCCCCGUGGGUGGGUGGCCCUACGGCGGCUACGCUUCCGCCGGACCACCCGUGUGGGGCCCACCACCCCUCGCAUCCGCCGGCGCAGCACCAGGGAACCCGUGGGGAAUAGGAAGUGGCGGCGGUGGCCAGUGGGCCGGCGGGUACACUGCAUCCCCGCACCCUGCGUUCCCAGGCGCAGCUGCUGGACCGUCGCAGCCGCACUCGCCGUAUGCUGCGCCCGGGACGCCGUUUGACUCGUCGGUUGGGCAGCCGAUAGCUGAUGGAUGGUUUGGACGACGUGAAGGUGGCGGAGGCGGAGGUGGAGGUGGAGGGUGGGGAGACAACCGGAGGGCAUGGGAAGCAAUGGGAUGGGACGGACGCGGGAAAUGGGACUGGGACUGGGAUGCUGAGGAACGGCACCUCAAAGAGCUAAAGAAAGAGAAGAAGAAAAAGCACCGCAAGAGCGGGGAGUAUGGUGAUGAUUGGGAUUCUUGGGAGCUUUUGGGUUGGGAUCUCGGUGGGGGGUCGGCGAUGAAGAGGUCGAGCUCGCAUGGUCCAACGCAACCGCAUCGCAGACCGUCUUUGCAUCGCUCGUCGUCAUGGGGGAACAAGAAUCAAUAUCGCGGGCAGCAGUACUCGCCGUGGGCGCCCAAUGCGCAUCUCGAUAACGGCACCCCUGACUACGCGCAGGGCGACAUAUUCGACGAGAAUAAUCUUGCGAAACGGCCGAGGGAUUGGAGGGCGGAUUAUAACCCGCGCCCUGGUCUAAUCCCCGCUGUGACGAUGGCUAUGGGCGCUAUGGGGGGCUUGGGGAGGAGCCGGUCAACGGUAAAAGAAUUCCACGACCCUAUCCGUCGCCAAAUCCACCCGCUCUUCGACCUAACCGAUGUUUCCCCUGCACUAUCCUUCUCCCUCCGCGCACCACCAAAUCCACAUUCCCUCUCCCCACCCAACCUCAAAUUCUUCCGCCUCUCACGCCCACACAACCCCAUCGACCUCCUCCAACUCGCCACGCGGCCCGCGACACCCUUCAUGCGGCUCAUGCACCCCAAAUUGCCCUGGUACAUCGACAUUCACGAGUCACGGCCGAACGGCGUGCUCGUCGGCGACGUGCUCGAGCAAAUGCACCGGCAGCUGCACGUCAGCAUCCGCGGGCGGCACUACUGGAACGACGUGCUUGGGCCCGAGGAGCGGCGGGAGAUCGCGCGGGCGUUCGAGGAGCGCGUGCGGGCGUAUGGUGAAGGGGAAGGUAUGACGCCCGAAGAGCGCGAGCGGGAGGAGCGGGAGAGGAGUGUGUGGGCUGAUGGUGCAUGGGGCGGUGUACAGGCCAAGGGCCGCGAGCGGGUUGGGGAGGUGGUCAAGAGGGGUAUUAUACAAGUCGAUUUCCUGGGCAAGAAGUUUUGGUUUGAGGGACCCUCCUCCGCAAGGGACGUUCGUGCUGGAUUGGAGGAUGUCGCUCGUGUCCUCAACUCGCUUCCUUCGCCAGUUGUUAUCACGCCCCAAGACGUCAGCAAUGUCCACGCCGUAAACCACCUCAUCAAAAGGGUGAAAAACCCAUGCGCCUUGGCUCUCUUAGACGAGAUUGAGAGCAGUCCAAGGGUUCCCCUACUACACGGGAGAGUGAAGGAUAACCAACCCCCUACGCUGGAUAAAGUGGUCCGACUACGUGCUUGUCUGAUUUUGGUGUCCAUACCUGCGCACCGCGCAGCACUCGCUUGA